AACACAACAGAAAACCCUACAAUAAUGUCUGUCUCGACGGUUUUGGCGAAGGCGCUGUUUGACAAUACUGCAGAAAGCCCAGAAGAGCUGGCUUUCCGGAAGGGCGACAUCCUGAUGGUUCUCAAACAGGAGCAGACUGGCGGUCCAGGCUGGUGGCUCUGCUCCCUGCACGGCAGACAGGGCAUCGCUCCUGCUAACCGCCUUCGACUCCUGCAUAGCGCACCACCACCAAGCCAAGAUCCUGGUACUAAUGAAGACUCCGUCUACCUGUCACCUGGCCCUCCAUUGGCCCAGACCGCUGUCAGCGGGAGCACAGAUGAUGCAGACGGAGUGUAUCGGGCCCCAACAGUCGCAGGUGAGGGUCGAGGAGGGGGAGCUGCCUCUCGGACUGGAGAGCUACGGAGAGUGGAGGGUGGGCGCCCACGCUCACACUCUAGUUCUGGCGUUCGAUCCAGACCGGACUGGGAUAUCGGGGCGGCCGGACGUCCACGUUCACCUUCUCUAAGGGGACGAGGCACAGAAAUGUCAGGAACACUUUAUCAAAAACCAGGUGGAACUCUACCUGGCAGGCAGUCUGGAGUCCUCAUGGGUUCAGAUGCUGUGUAUCUCUCACCCACUGGACUACAAAGGGCUACUGAUGAACCAGAAGACACUACAUAUCUUGUUCCAAGAGAAACGCUAACAUCCGGACAGUCUGAUGACUGUUACUUGGUGCCCAAAGGUACACCGCUUGCAAGUGAUGAUGUUUACCAAUCUCCAACAGGUGGAGGUGUGGCCAGUCCUCUUUGCUCUAACAGCGCUUCUGUCAUCAAUGGAACCUCUCAGCUCAAAGUCAGCCAGGAUGUGCCUGGAAUGUACCAAACACCCGCUGCACGAGCAAACCCACACAAGACGCCAGCCACAGUCCUGGCCCACCAACACCCAUCUUCAUUAACCUCUGCCCAAGCGUCUCCUCGACCCAUGCACAAGGGCGUCCCACCAAACUCCGCUGCUGCAAGAGGCAAACCUAACGUGGCCAGUCACCGGGGGUCCCCAUUGCUGAUCAGAGCGGGACAGGCUAGGGCACCGGGCUCGCCCAACUUCGCUCGCAAACCUCCUCCGCCGGCACCUCCAGUGAGAGGAGUCACAAGGAAGGAUUUGCAGCAAGCAGCGCCAUCAUCAUCUGACACUAACUCUGCCCCCAAACCUACUAGUCAGGCGAGUUCAACCAGCCUGCAGCAGCAGGAGAGUAAACAGAUCAGAGCUCCUCAGAGCAGCGAAGGAAAGAUGAGCAACGGCCUGGAAAAAAGUGGCAACAAAGGGAUAGAAAAUCAGGAUCCCUCCAAAGCAGCCGAUGACCAGGUGUAUGAUACCCCUCCCAGCGGUAGGUGGCAUCAACCAGUCCAAUCUGCCCUCCAGGGUGAUGAUGGCAUCUAUGACACCCCUCGUAGUGUCCAAUCACAAGCUGACUCUGAAACCGAGGUCUACAAUGUCCCCACAAUCUCUAUAAACAUAUCCACAUCAGAUGUCCAGGCUGAUGAAGUUGAGGAUGAAGUCUACAGUGUCCCAACACUUCCAGGUGUGCCUCUGGGGCCAGCAGAGUCCAGCCUCUGUGUGGACGACGUUGCUCAGGUUGGACAGGUCUGUUGCGUACCUGGAUCUGAUAAACGAGCCAGCAGCGGCGAUCCCAAGCGAGUCUCCUCCGAGCCCAACUGUGGCGUCUACGACAUGCCUGCUCUGAACGUAGAAAUCCUUCCCCAUUCGUCAUCGUCAUCCUCCUCCGCCUCCUCCUCCACCCGCCGCCACUCCAUUUCCAGCAACGGCUCGGGGGACGUGCAGUGGAAAGCUUCACUUUCCAACCUUGUCCACUCGGUGUUAAGCUCCGCCUCCUGCUCAGCUUCCACUCUGUUGUCACGAGACCUGGCCACCUCAUUGGCUGAGGUCCUGUCCACCUGGAAAGCCAGUCACACAGGUGAUCCUCCGCCGCCUCUGCAGCAGGCCUGGGCUCGUCUCUCCGACCUGCUUCCGGCAUUAUCCGCCAUCGGUAACGGUCCGCCAUCUGAGGGGCUUUUAUUGCUAGUUCAACGCACUCUCGAGGAAAGCGCCCUCCUCCUGCAGGCUCAAGGACGUCCUCGUCUGCCUUCCCAGGAAUCCCUAUCACGCAGGCCUUUGCCAGCGCUCCCAGUGCCUGAUGGGAAGUCAUCUUGCGGGGGAAUGGGUUCCCGUAAAGGCAGCUGGAUCCAGGAGAGGCCCCUGCCACCAACACCUCAGCCUGCUUUUCCUUUGCCCCCUACUCCAAACAGCGUGACUGUCACAGUGGGGUCUGUUAACGGGGAAGAUGACCCCAGCAAUGAGUAUGCAGGGAUUGGCUUGACUCCCAUCCCAGCCCCGGUACCUACAGGAGACAGCGUUGGAUAUGUCAAGCUGCAGGGUAAACCGGAUCUUCUUCCUGAUCUCCUGACUGAGAAUGGACAAACUAUCACUACAGAACCAAGGCUGACCCCAUCUCCUCCUCUGCCGGUGUCCCUGUCCCUGGAGGAUUCAGAGCUGCUGUCAUUUUACUCCUCUCAGAGCUUGGCUCACCUGUCCUGCCUCGCGGACGCCAUCGACGUGCUCUACAGCAGCUUAAAGGGGAACCAGCCGCCUCGCAUCUUCGUCGCGAGAGGCAAGAAUCUCAUCGUGACGGCGCACAAACUGGUGUUUAUCGGAGACACGCUUUCUCGUCUUCUGACGUCUGCCGACCUCCGAGCUAAGAUCACCUCGUCUGGAGGGCGACUCUGCCAAGCCUUGAAGGCGGUUGUCGUGGCAACAAAGGGCGCUGCACAGAACUACCCAUCGGUAUCGGCCUCCCAGGAGAUGGUGGACCGCGUCGCUGAGCUUUCCCAGCAAGCAGCCGGCUUCUCUACUCUACUUCAGCGUUUGGCAGAAAUAUCGUCAUGAUAUUUCACAUCAGUUUGUCUUCAUCUACGUUUUCUUCUAGAAAUGCCUUAUUUGUCGUGACGGUUUUUAUCUUUUCACGUUCGACUGGGACGGAAGCCGAAACCUGCAGCAAGUGUUUCACCACAUUGCAGCUGCUCUUAAGCUGGGCUUUUAGUUCUGUCUUCAAAGAGUGCACGUGUGGUUUUCCUUCUUCUUUUUUUUUGCCUUUGUUUAUACAUUGGCAUUUUUGCUUUGAUGGCACACGCUGUUUUUUUUUUUUUUUUUUACUGUUAACUUAUUGAACAUUUGAAACCCCUCUGUGGUUCAAGAGUCCAUGCGGACAUGUUAUUUUGGGAGCUCUGUUUAAAAAUGCUCGCCAUAUUUCCUUUCCCUGCACACGAUAGCCAUUUUUUUCUUCCUUCCUUUAUUUAUCUAGCAAGCCCCCAUUCCAAAAAUAAAUGUAAGAGGAGGCCUCGCAUCC